ACAGAAAGCUGAGAGCCGCCGCCCGGCCGGGUGUGGAUGGAGGUGGCGGAGCCCGCGCGGCGCGGGGAGUGAGCGGCGGAGCGGCCGGACUUCUGCGGACUCGCGAUGGAGGAGGAGGGUGUGAAGGAAGGGGGCGAGAAGCCUCGGGGAGCGAGGAUGGCCGACAAGGCUGGCUGGAUCAAGAAGAGCAGUGGAGGCCUCCUGGGGCUUUGGAAAGACCGAUAUCUGCUCCUCUGCCAGGCCCAGCUGCUGGUCUACGAGAAUGAGGACGAGCAGAAGUGUGUGGAGACAGUGGAGCUGGGAAGCUAUGAGAAGUGCCAGGACCUUCGUGCCCUCCUCAAGCGUAAACACCGCUUUAUCCUGCAGCGAUCCCCGGGGAAUAAGGUCAGCGACAUCAAGUUUCAAGCAACCAGUGGGGAGGAGAAGGAAUCCUGGAUCAAAGCCCUCAAUGAAGGGAUCAACCGAGGCAAGAACAAGGCUUUUGAUGAGGUAAAAGUGGACAAGAGCUGUGCACUGGAGCAUGUGACACGGGACCGGGUGCGUGGAGGCCAGCGGCGCCGGCCACCUACAAGAGUCCACCUGAAGGAGGUAGCCAAUGCAGCUUCUGAUGGGCUUUCGCGCCUGGACCUCGACGUGCCAGAUAGUGGGCCGCCAGUGUUUGGCCCCAGCAAUGAUGUCAGUGCAGCCCAGCCCCAAGAGACACUCAGGCCCCCUAUGCCUCCUACCAAGCCUUCCCCACUGCCGGAGACCACCAGCCUCAGUGACAGAGUGGAGACUCCUGCCGGGGAGAGAGCCCCAUCCCCUGUCUCAGCAAGCUCUGAGUCCCACCAAGCGAACUCAGAGACUCCAGUACAGGAGGACAGUGGCCCUGAGCAGACCCCCAGCAUGGUGCUGCCUGACAAACUGAAGGUGAGCUGGGAGAACCCCAGCCCCGAGGACGCCCCUGACUUUGAGAGUACAGAACUCCAGGUGCCCUGCUCUGAGGAUUCUGAGGCUGUGCCCAAGGAGGGUGGGAAGCCUCCUACACCCCCACCCAAGAUCUUAUCAGAGAAACUGAGAGCUUCCAUGAGUGGGAUGGUGGCUUCUGGGCCAGCCCAGAGUCCUGAGGCCUCUGAAACCUCGGCCCCAGAUCCAGCACAGAUGUCAGUGAAUGGCGUGGAUGACAGUCUGGAGCCCGUCAAUCCACCCCAGGCCUCGGGCAUCCCAGAAACAACCCCAAAGGAUGCAACAACGUCCACAGCACUGCCCUGCUGGGACCUGCCAUCUCAUUUCCAUCCCCGCUGUUCCUCCCUGGGGAACCUGCUUGGGGAAGGCCCCCGGCGUCCACGGCAGCCUGGAGAACGGCUGUAUCGGGCCCAGCUGGAGGUGAAGGUGGCCUCAGAACAGACGGAGAAACUGUUGAACCAGGUGCUGGGCAGUGAGCCGGCCCCUGUGAGCGCUGAGACAUUGCUCAGCCAGGCUGUGGAGCAGCUGAGGCAGGCCACCCAAGCCCUGCAGGAAAUCAGAGAUCUGGGAGAGAUGAGCCAGGAAGCACCUGGGCUACAGGAAAAGCGGAAAGAGCUGGUGACCCUCUACCGGAGAAGUGCACCCUAGGGCCUGCCAGGCCAGGGCGUGGUCCCUCCUAGCCAACCCAGUCCAUCAAAGCCCAGCCCUGCCAAAAAACAUGCUUCUGCUCAGGCCGUAGAAAGGCCAUCAGGCAUGUUGGGGGUAUGGCCAGGAACUAUGGAGAUUCCUGGUAUCCUUCCUGCCCUGCCCUGGCCAAUGGUGCCAGGAGCCACCCAGGACCACUAUCUGACUAUCUGGCCCAGUUUCUGGGCUUGGGCAGGGAGCACACACUUGGUUGCUUGCAUGGUUGUUCUGAACUGCCCCAGGGCUUUAGCAUGGCACUUGGGGUUUCUGGGGGUGGCAUCAUCUCUGCUUCCCACCCCCAGUAGUUUACAUUCCUGACUUCUGAAUAGAGCACAGCUGAGCCCCCCCUCCUCCCCACCCCGCCACAGCUCCCACAUCCAGAUGUUCCCGGGCAGAGAGCGUCAUGGCAGAGGCAGCUUUGAGCCGUAACUAGCCCUCCCUACCCACCUACUCGCAAUAGCUGCCAAGGCCUUGGGUCCAAGUUAUACGUUUUUCUGUCAGCUGAGUGAGACCUGGAAUCCAGCCAGGGCCUGUGAAGGCAGGUGGAAGGCAUCUGUGUGGGAUUCCUAUUCUGCAGGCCUUCCUCUCUGGUGAACUGUGAUUGGAGGACUCCAGGGUAGAGGAAGAACUUGAAGGGUCUCCUAGUCUAGUCUCUCCCCCUGGACCAGCUUGUGUCCAGCCCUGCACAUUUCCUGUAGAGGUGAACCCGAGAAUAGCUCUGAGGUCAACAUCAGAAAAUCCUGUACCUACUUCAUUCAUUAUAAAUGAACCUUCAGAGGAGAAGCCACCUCAAAUUCUGUGCCUCCCCAGAUGGGAUUUAUAUCUGGCUCUCUAUGCUUCCUCCUGAACCCAAACAGGCCCAACAUCCCAAUCAUUUCUUUGGAUGCUGAUGGGGGUAUGUUGGGGCCUGAAAUCACUUCCCUUUCCCCUCUUCCCCUCUGGCUCAGGCCCUAGAUGGACUGCUCUUCCUGAACUUCCUAGUGGAAGAGGCAUUUCCUUUUGUCCCUUUCCUGGUCCAACCCCGCAGCCUGGGCCUCUCCCUAUCUGUCGCCUCCCCUCCACCCCAAUUCUCCCCGCACUUGUCCCUGACUCUGGGAACACACCCAAUCUCCAUCUAGGUGCAGAGGCCCUGAAGGCACAGCCACUCUCCCUGGGACCUAUAGGAGUAGGAGCAGCUUCUGAAAGGCCUGCUCAGGGGGUUUUUAGCAUGUGCACUUUUAUUUACUGAAAGAGGACAGGGAGGGUCACAGCUGCAUGUCCUGGCCUUUCUGCCCACUGCUCCACCACCAGUCGUGCCCACUGAGACCUGCCAGUACAGGUCAAUGCCUUCUUUACUGUACUUCUACUUUGUUCUUGAGGGUAGUGGCCAGGGAUCAGGAGGGGCAGAUAUCCACUCUGCAGCCUAUACUGGGCAGAGGUGGAGGUGAACAGCAAUGUCCUGACCCAUGAGCCCCCACGGGCCUUCUCAAACUACACUCUUUGGACAAACGAGGCUCCCAUGCCACAGUCUGCCUGUCCCUCCAUCUGCCUUCAGUAUGAAGGCAAGAAUGGCAUCAGGUGCCUAGUCACAUGGCCCCCUGCACUCGUCUUUUGGGGAACAGCUUUCCCCCACCAGCAGCCUGGACCAGCUGGGGCUUUAGCCAAGUCACCUGUUUCCAGGGACUAGAGCCUCAGUUUCCUCCUCGGAUAAAUGACCAGAUUGAGCAAGUAGCUCUGGGGCCAUCUCAGUGACCUAAUGCCAUUAUGGUGUUCUUAAGGGAUUCCCUGUGCCUUGGUGACCUGGGCCCCAAGGGGAGGGGUAGAAGGAUUGGGAAUAUGCAGGGUCUGCCUGGCCUGCCUCCUUGAGGAGGAUAGCAUUCCAUGUCUUCUGUUUAUGAAGCGCCUUUCUCAAAGUUUGGCAAUAAAUCCCUUUUUAUGGAACUUCUCUGCUGCAAGCCUGUUUGUUGGUGUGGGGACCAGCUCUAGGGCUGGCCUCAAGGAAGCAGAGGGUAAGCAGUGGUUGGUCAGUGGCAUCACUGGUCCUUUAAGCUUCCUUCUAGUGCUUCCUUCCCAUAGGCUUGGCUGCAUCUUUGCUAAACUCAGCCAGGCCCUCCAAUUUUACCCCCUCCCCACCCCUACCUACAUGUUUCUAUAGGCUGGGAGCUAAGUGUCGUAAGGCACAAUGCUUUUCAAUUUUUAGAAACUUCAUUUGGAAAUGAUUUCGAAUAGAAAAGUUGCAAUAAUAAGACCAGUACAAAGAACACCCACGUAUUCUUUAUCAGAUUGACCCAUUGGUUUAUCUUUUGAGUGCUUUGUGUCUUUAACAUAUAUAAUUUUUUUCUGAAUCAUUGGGGAAUUAGUUUUCAUGGUCCCUUAUCCAUAAAUACUUCAGUGAGUAUUUAAGUAUAUUCUCUCAUGUAACCAUAAUACAGUUAUCAACUUCAGUAAGUUUAACACUGGCAUACUUAUUAUCGCUCUUAUUUCAGUUUUGUCAUUUGACCCAAUAAUCUCAUAUUUUUCCUCCAGUGGAGGCUCAAAUAUUGUAUACAUGUCUCUCUAGUCUCCUUUAAUCUGAAGUGUUUCCACAGCCUUUAUCUUUCAUGAUGUGGAUAUGUUUGAAGAAUAUAGUUCUUCCUCCCCACUGUUUUUAAUAGAUCAUUCCUCACUUGGGAUUUUUCAUUGUGAGGUUUCCUCUGAGUUAGACUGAGGUUAUGGAUUCUUAGCCAGAAAACUGUAUAGGGGAUACUAGGUCCUUCUCAGGGCAUCACAUCUGGAGACAUACGACCUUCAUUCAUCCUUCAUUGGUGAUGUCAAUUUUGAUCUUCUGGUCAAGGUGUCUGAUUUUUCUAUUGUAUAGUUACGAUUUUUUUUUUCUCUUGUAACUAACAAUCUGGGAGAUAUUUUAAGACUGCACAAGUAUGUUACACCUCAUCAAAAUUUCCCCCUAGAUUUAGUAUUCAUUGAGGAGUCUUGCCUGAACAGGUGUUCCCUAUAAUGAUUCAAAAUGAUUCCAGCUGUUAUUUUAACCUCAGAGCCUGGUCCUGAUUAGGGGUUAGCCUGGGCCUUGCCAUGUGCCCAUGGAACCCCUAAUGCAUCUCAGCAGGACCCCAGGGCUUCACUGAGUGCUUUUUGGAAGCCCCUGGGCCAGUGUACUGAGCUCCAAGUCAAACUGCCAAGGUUCAGGUCCCACCCAGAGACCUUGGUGACUCCUCAGCCUCAAGGGCCUCAGUUUCUUCACCCAUGAAAGGAAGAUUUACAAUGUCCCUACUCCCUGAUGUGAAAAAGCACUGCUGUGCUCCCCAAAGGCUGGCUCCCUUCCUCCUCUGUGAGGGCUGCCGGACAAGUCCAGUGGCCAACAUAACAGGAAGCACCUGACUCAGGGUCUAUUGACUGGCAAUGACCCUUGAGUCCUGCCUGAAUUCCCCUGCCACUGGCCUAUGUGUCAUAGCCAUGCUGAAGAGUGGCCUGCAGACCCUAGGUGAAUCAUUUCACCUUCACAGGUCCCUUAUCUCUGAGGAGGAAUCAAGGUAAGGGAGAAGAAGCCCUUUAUUGGUAGGGGUGUCACUUGCCCCUUGCCCAGGAAUGAGGUUCCCUCUGGAAGGUCACCUUGGAGACAGCAGCUGCUGGAAAGGUCUUAGUGGCCAGCUAUAGGGCUGAGGAAGGAUGUGGUGAGAACUUUCCCUCUGGUUCUGGAGGCUGAAGGCCUAUGUGGAAAAGGGGAGGCCUUUCAUUUGAAUAGUGGCUGCAAUAUCUCAGUGGCCUGAAGUCCUGUGGGUAGUUACAAUGCAGGGUUUUGCAAACCACAAGGUGGCCAUAUUCAGACAGAGGGGAAGGGAGUGUUGGGGUGGGGUGGGGGGUGGCAUUUGGAUUGCCCCUACCUCUGCCCCUGCCUGAGCCUGGGCCCUGGAAGCUCCCUGUGUCUUUCUGGUGCCACUGUGUUGUGUCCCUCCUCCAAAUCCUGUUUCCUGCCUCCUGACCUUUAUUCUCAUGUCCCUGACACAAGACAUGUCAGAGACAUAUGAGACAUAGCUGUCAGAAAAGGCCACAUACACACUCAGGUGGAGGUUUCUAUGUCGUUAUGAGGAGGCUCUGGGGGGGAACAUGGGGGUAGAGAGAUGAUGGUGAACAUUCCUCCCUGUUGUCAUAAUUUUAUUAAAGGAACAAAGAUCCUGGAGGAAGCAGCAGGUAGAAAACCAUGACUUUAGAUCUGGAAGUAGACACAACUAGAACAAGUGACCUUAGGCAAACUGCCUCAGUUUUUCCUGUCUAUAAAAUGGGCUAAUUCUCCCUUUUUCACAGAGUUGCUGUGAAACACUUAGCCUGUGGCCUGCCUCAUAAAAAAUGUUUAACAAACCCUGGUGGCCUCACAGGACACAUCCUAUUUAGCAGGCCUAUACUCACCUCCCAUUGUCACCACAGUGGCCUCAUGAGAAAGCUUGUAUUUAUGUUCACUCCAUUUACAGGUUAGUAAUUCAAGCUUAAACAACUUGCCUAGGAGACAACAAGUUAGUGCCAGGAUCUGGAUCUGAUCCCCUGGGGCCCUGGCCUGGGGCCACCAUGGGCUUCCUGCUUUUUCUCUGGACAGUCUGACUUCAGAUGGACACUCAGCCUAGGGAACCUCUGGCUGACUUGGGGCUUGGGGUAUCCCCACCUUUUUUGGAGCCUGGAGGACACUCCAGGCUGGCUGGGCUCUCCACCAGCCAGCCAUGGCCCAAGGGAGAGGCUCAGGAGGCCCUUCCCUUAUAAGGACAACAACUCAGCUGUGAUGAAACUCUUCAGCCUCCCAGCUGGGUGGGCGGAGGAAGGGAAAUGACAGGCUCCAGCAGCUACAGCUGAGCUCGAGCCUCCACAGGAACUCGCCCACAGCCUCCUCUCUCCCCUUCCUGUGUUGCGCUAUGUGGGGCUUUCCAGAGGGUCCACUGGCUAGAGGGGGGAGAAAGAGCCAGGGCCUAGGAGACCACAGCCAGUGGCCCAGGGAAGGGAAGACAUGCAAACUGAGGCCAAGAGAAGGGACAGGACCCCUGAAGGCCCAGCAGGUAGCACGCAGUCUUCAUAUUGGUCAGGGCCAUCCUAGGGCCUGGGAGAGGAGGCCGGAGAAGGCUCUUGGGCAAGUGUCUUUCUCCCUUU